UAUGACUAUAAAAAGUGAUUUAAAGUGUUGUUUGAAUUAAUUGUUUUAUUAUUCAAACUCUAAAUGUAUUUGAAUGUCAAACCUGUGAUCACCAGUAAUGUCAUCACAAGAGUCACCAUUGAAUGUGUCCGAAGAUCUCACUUCAAGUUCGGUGACACUCAACACACACAACAGUCAGCUGUUUUGGACAGACUUCUCAAACGAAAUGAUAAUAUAGUGAAGAAACUGAUGGAUAACAGGACUAGUAUUUUGUCGAAAGGAGUACCCAAUCGGCGAGAGAGUGAUCGCACUGUUGGACACAUUGACACCAAAGUUAUCACUAGAAGAAUGACUGUUUUGAACAAACUGUUGAUGGAAUGUAUUACAGAUGUAUUGUCCACUGAAGUUAUUGGCGAAGAACUGUCUGAACUCGAAGUGCAUAUCACUCAUGUUCGGGUCAACAGACCGUGUGAUUCAGUCAAUAUCUAUUGGAUCACCAAAAAAGAUGACAUCACGACUGUAGCCGAUAAGUUGGACCAAAUUAAAGGUCGCUUAAGACAACACAUAAUGGACAGACAUUACAUGCAUUAUGUUCCGUGGGUUCAGUUUGUAAUGGAUGUCUCAGAGUCUCACAGUCUCGAAGUCGACAGAAUUCUUAAGACCUGUGAUUUUGGUGCCGACUUUGAGCCGUUUGACACUACAUUGUUUGAGACGCCGUACGAAAAGGCGACGAAAUCUAAAGAUAUGUCUAAAAGAGAAAUGAAAAGAAUGGACAAUAAGAACGACAAUCAGUCAGAUAUUUAUGAAUCAUUGAAAAUGAAAAGACCGGAUGACAUGAAAAUGGAUUGUUUUGGUCUUAACUAUGAAAUCCUUAUGAAUAUUGUAUUACAAAAUUUAAGCAAAUCUCGAGCACAACACAGAAGUUUCAAUGCUGUGGCCGAUCCGUUACCGCCGCCCGACUGGACAUCAAAUAUAGCUGUUAAUACACCGACCGAUGAAACAAAUGCCGUUUAUAAUACAGACGAAAGAAUUAAAAUUAUGAAACAAUUUUUGGUCGAAAACAGGAAGAAAAGGGAGAGAUUAUCGCGACAUUUAAGACGACAAAUAAUUUUGAAUGAAAUGGACGUUAAAUAUAGGAUCAGUGAUAUGUAUGACAAUUAUGUCGAACAAAAUAUGAGUGAAAUACAAGAAGACUUAAAUCAAAACUUAGAUAACAAUUAUGACUUUGAAGAGCAAACUAAUGAUUGAAACAUUAAAAUUGUUAUCAUUAACUAAAAUGUAUUUUGUAAUUAACAUAGUAGUAAUGUAAUUAUC